GACUAGUCAAACCGAAUGCCUGCGACUCGCCUAGUCAGUCAUUUAAUCAGCGUAGUCCAAAUUAUUCGGUUUCAAUUUUCAAAUUGUGACAACCACAGGCGGGAAUACGGACACACCGUACAACAUUGCACAAAACAGGUUAGGCCGAGCAACGCGAUGGCGCAAAAAGCCUGCGACCCGACGGUGGAGCGGCAUUUCAAAGGACACAAGAACGGAAUCACUGGUCUUUGCUUCCAUCCUGGUACCCACCAGAUCGCGUCCAGCAGUUUGGACCACACGCUGAUGGUUUGGAACUUCAACGAGAGGGUGCGAGCUUUCAGAUUCCUGGCUCACAAGGACAUCGUCCUGGACACGGCAUACGCUCCUUCGGGAGAAAUCGUUGUCAGUGCUUCCAGGGAUCGCUCGGUCAGACUCUGGAUACCAACUAUCAGAGGCGAGUCUCUGGACUUCAGAGGGCACAUGGGCGCCGUCAGAUCAGCCAGAUUUAGUCCAGAUGGUGAGAAGCUGGUCACAGCGUCAGACGAUAAAAGUGUCAAACUGUGGAUGGUCUGUAGAAGAAGGUUCCUGAUGUCCUUUACAGAACAUAAGAACUGGGUGAGAUCUGCAAAAUUUUCACCCGAUGGAAGGCUUGUCGUUUCAUGCAGCGAUGAUAAGACAAUUAAGCUGUGGGAUGUGGUCAGCGGAAAAUGUGUAAAAACGUUUAAUGAAGUAAAAGGGCCAGCGCUUGAUGUUGAAUUUCAUCCCAGUGGAGCUGCUUUAGGAUCAGCAAACAUUGGCGGCUGUGUUAAACUCUACGACUUACGAACAGCUUGUUUGCAGCAGCAUUACGUAGCACACAGUGGCCAAGUGAACAAGGCAACAUUUCAUCCGAAUGGAAAUUUUAUCCUCACAGCGUCAGAGGACUCCACAAUGAAGGUUCUAGACUUACUUGAGGGUCGGCCGAUUUACACCCUCAAAGCACAUAGCGGUGGUGUGACAACUGCAGCCUUUUCGCUGAAUGGUGAUUUCUUCGCAUCAGGCGGAUCUGACCGCCAACUUCUGGUAUGGAAAUCGAAUUUCGACAGGGAUGACAAUGCCCGAAAAACUCCUCGACAACUGAUAUCGCCAGGGGCUAAAUUGAAGCUGAAUAUGAAACAGGGCGAGAGCGAUGUAUCGAAGAUAGAGGAGGACAAGAACAGAACGAUAACAGACGAUGAAAAGGAAAAAUUAGAAGUAGAUGAAGACAGGGAUGAAGAGUAUGGAACCGAAUCUAUGGCGGAAUUUGAAUCCGGGGAUUCAGAUGGCUGCUGCAAAGGACCCCUUCGCGAUAUUCCCGGGGGACGAGUCGACGUCGAAGUGAUAAAUAUGCGAAAUCAAAGACCGAUGGAAAGAGGACACAUCGCUAAAUUUCCACCUUAUCAGCAUAGCACUUGUUCUGCAAGUGAAUUGCCAAACCAGAGUCACACGGUUGUAGAAGCACUUAGCGGACAAGUUGAAUCGCUGAGGAGUACGAUUGUCCUAAUGGAAGAGAGGCUUGGCAUGGUCGAGAGAGAGCUUGAAAACUUGAUUGUAUGAAUUUUUUAAUAUUAACGAGUAGUAUUAAGUACCGAUGAGUCUCAUCUUCCUGAAUUUCGAAUUUGGAAUGAAUUCCGUAUAUGUUUAGUUUGACAGGCAGAUCGCGACUUAAACGGGGUGUUGGGGCUCUAACAAUUUGAUUGAAAUUUACUUAUUUUAUGUUUUGCUACCUUUUCACUCACAAUACUAAAUCUAUUUUUAUAUCCAACUUGAUUAAUUAUUAUAUGAUAAUGCUUAGGCGAACUUGGAGGCUUUUCUUUCAAUCGUAACUUAAGAUUUUUAUGAGGUGAUAGGUGAGAUUGUAGCGAGUGAAUCCCAAAUUGAAGUUAUGCCAUAUAAUGAAAACGCUAGUCUUCCGCUAUUUAUUUUUUGUGUUUACACACAUGUGAUGAUAUUUAUUUUAUUACCAUUAUUCUUAACAUUAGAAUAUACACAAUAAAAAUAUGCACAAAAAUGGAGAGAAAAUCUUGUAUUGUUAGUAAAAGGUACAUGUAUACGAUUACAAAGUUACAAAACUGUUAGUUAAUUAAAAGUGGCUAUUCAAAAAGAACCAAAAAAGCAUAAA